AGCACAGUGACAAUGUGACUCUGAUUUCUGAUAGCCCUGGAAGACGUCCAAUGGGAAGAUACAACUACAAAUCAUGCCACGGUAUUGUUCACGCAGAUAUUGAUCAAUCUUCGGUAGCACAUGGACUGUGGACCAAAAUGGGAACACCAUCGCCAGCUAGACCGGGGAAAUUGGUGAUGGUGCCAGACUGCUACGUCGACAGCAGCAUCGCUAUCGGCACCUGAGCGUCAAAAUGUGUGCCGCUUUAUGACCUUCCCUAUGUGAGGUCAUCAACCAUAGAACUCACGCGCAGAGACAAUCAUGGACUCAAUCGAUCGGUAGCACUCGGUAGAAGUCCUCAUCUCCCAUUCGCUCAAUCUUGUGUUUAGCUUUCAUAUGAGAGAUGAGACCGUCAAAGGUAUAGAGGCUCGCUGUUCUAUGGGACCUGCGGCCGAGUGC